AACAGAACAGAAAUUUCAGACCACUUCUCAUCCCCAAAUCCCCCAUUUUUCUCUCACAAAAUUCUAAUCCUUCUCUCUUCAAUUCUUGCUUUCUUCUUCUUCCCAUAACCUCUGCUUCUCAUACUCUCAUCUUUCAACUCUAUUCCAACCAAUUCAUUUCUUGACGCCCAAAUCUUACUUCAGUUCUUCACUGUCCCCACUUUUUUCUUCGGAUCAGUGAACUUUUUGCCACCAAUCAUCAUCUCUUCUCUUUAGGUUUUCUCUGGCUUUAGGCAAUCAAUCGUCAAUCAUUUCGUGUUGAUUUUCCAUCAUCUAUAUAGCUUUCCGUGUUACAAACUGCAGUGUUCCCUUUUUAGAAGGAAAAAAGGGAGCAAUUUUUCAUUACCCUGUUUCCUCCUCUGAUUCCCCUGUUUCGAUUUUCCCGGAAAAUCAGAAACAUUGCCAAAAAUGCAAGAAAACAAAGCACCCUUUACAUUCUCCAAUGGCCCCAAUACUAAACCUUCACUUUCAGAAAUCAUUUUAACAGGUGGCACAAGCACCUUGGAUUCAAUCUUCUCAUACUGCCCCCAAUCGAAUCCCACCACCAACCCUGCUCUUGAGCCCUUAGGCUCCUCUGUUUAUCUCAGACAAAGAGACUUACUUCAAAAACUCUACAACGAAAGCCGAGCGAAUGCCGCGAUUUCGCAGAUUUCCGUAUCGAACCCAUUUCAGAACUCUGUAUACACAAGCAAGUAUAGCAGUCCAAUCAAGAAAAAGCUGUACAGGGGAGUGAGGCAGAGGCACUGGGGGAAAUGGGUGGCUGAGAUCAGACUCCCCCAGAACAGGAUGAGGGUUUGGUUGGGAACCUACGACACCGCUGAGGCCGCAGCCUACGCGUACGACCGCGCGGCGUACAAGCUCCGCGGCGAAUACGCCCGGUUGAACUUCCCGAAUCUUCUGGACGCGGCGGAGUUGGGGUUUGGGGAUUGUAAGAGGCUGAGUGCUUUGAGGACUGCAGUGGAUGCCAAGAUUCAAGCAAUAUGCCAGAAGAUGAAGACAGAGAAGGGUAAAAAGAAAGGGAAGAAAAUUGGGCAUUGUGGGGGUAGGAAUGGAAAUACUGGUGAUGAAGCAGCAGUGAAGGUUGAUUCGUCUGCUUUGGUUGGUGCUGACUACAGUUGGAGUAGUGGAAUGGUAUCACCAACUGUCUCUGAAGAUGGGGUUUGGAAGGGGGAGGGCUCGCCGGACUCUGUUUCCGGCAGGUGUCCGGUGGCGGUGGUGGAAUCGGAGGAGUCCGAAGGCUGCUCGCUGGCACACAUGCCGUCGUUCGAUCCGGAGUUGAUUUGGCAAGUUCUAGCUAAUUAGAGCUUCUUCAUUUUCACACUAAUUCUGGGAUGGGUCUAAAACACACUCAAAAAGUGGUAAAAUGUGAAUUGUAAUUUUGGUGAUGAGGUAUUGACAGUUGCUCUUUGUCAAAUGUGGUUUCUGGGAAAUUUGGGUACUUCUUUUUGGUGUCUAUAGGGUAGGGGUGUAAUCGGUUCGGUUGUUCGUCAUUUUUACAACCGAAUCGAGCACUUGUUUUUGUUUGGACGGUUCUAUAGUAUUAGGAUAAUUUAGGUUGCCUUUGGCCCUUGUUUUAGUAUGGAGGCAUUCAGAAGGCUGUUAGAAGUUGUUUCCUCACUAGUUAUGAGCAUAAUGUUUUUUUUUUAACAGCAAAAUAUUAGGUUUCAAGUUAUGAGCAUAAUGUUAACUGCAUAUUUCCAUGUUAA